ACAGAGAACUGAAUGGUGUCUUGUGCAACGAUAGAAGAUCUAAGGGUAUUGAUGCAAGAAAGACUGAAGUUGGUCUGCAUGCAGAUUUGAAGAAUGAUGAAGCUGAAUACAAGAGUCAUGGAGAAUUGGAGAGGGGACAAAAGGAAAAUGAAGGUGGUCAACCUGAGAGUUUCAUCAAGUGGGAACAAACUGAAGUUGAUAAGAGCAGGGAUGGAAUGGAGAUGAAGAUGGAAGUCAGAUCCAACAAGUGGAAGAAGCAGAGAUCUAGGAAAAGGAAGCAUAGUGUGGAUAUUGGACAAAACAAUGACGAGAACUUGAAGAGAUUCUUUGUCAAGGAACCUAUUGAAAAUGAUGGUGGUGAUGGUGUUCAGAAAGAUUCUUUCAAAAUGGAGAGUAGCAUUAACAGGGAAAAACCUGGAGAAGUUGGUCUCCAUGCAGCUCCAGCUGGAAUAGGGGAAGUGAAAACAGAAGUCAAAUUGAAGAAAAAUAGAAAACGAUCUAAACCAAAGAAAUACAGUAACAGUGAAGCUCUUUCAUGCAACGAUGAUGUAAAUUUUGAGAGUUUUAAUAACAGGGAACAAUGCACGAUUGUUGGUCACAACACUGGUGCAUCUGGAGUUGGGGAAUUAAAAGGAGUCGUCAAAUCCAGUGAAGGGGAUCAAGUGCCAUGUGAAGAUAAAAAUGGCAAUUGUGCAGUGGUAUUGAAGGAAGCAGACAGAGAAGUCAAACAUGGCAAAGUGAAAGGUGUUUCAUUUAGCGUUGAAAAGUUUGAAAAAUAUGUUGGGGAACAAACUGAUGACGGGGCUGCAAACAAGACAAGAGACACAGUUGAAUCUAAGAACAGAAAACCGAGAUCUAAAAAAAGGAAACAUAGUGAUGAUGUCACACAUAGCAAUGGUGAAAAAGUAUGUAACUUUGAAAAUAUGGAGCAGAGUAAAAGGGAUGGAAAUAAUGGUCCUGUUGCAGAUGGACUGGAGGAAAAGAUGGUAGAGAUCAAACACAGCGAACUGAAUGGUGUUUUGGUUAACGAUGGUAGAUCUGAGGGCAUUGAUGCAAGAAAGACUGAAUUUGGUCUGCAUGCAGAUAUUAAGAAUGAUGAAGUUGAAUACAAGAGUUGUGAAGAAUUGGAGAGGGGACAAAAGAAAAAUGAAGGUGGGCGACCUGGGAGCUUCGUCAGGUUGGAACAAACUCAAGUUGAUAAGAGCAGGAAUGGAAUGGAAAUGGAGACGGAAGUCAGAUCCAACAAGAGGAAGAAACAAAGAUCUAAGAAAGGGAAGCGUAGCGUGGAUAUUGGACAAAACAAUGAUGAGAACUUGAAGAGAUUCUUUGUUAAGGAACCUAUUGAAAAUGAUGGUGGUGAUGGUGUUCAUAAAGAUGCUUUCAAAAUGGAGAGUGGCAUCAACAGGGAACAACCAGAAGAAGUUGGUCUCCAUGCAGCUCCAGUUAGAAUAGGGGAAGUAAAAACAGAAGUCAAAUCCAAGAAAAAUAGAAAACGAUCUAAAGAAAAGAAAUACAGUAACAGUGAAGCUCUUUCAUGCAACGAUGACGGUGAAUUCAAGAGUUGUGGUUCUUAAUUUUUUAUGAUUAUUAAAAUCAUGUGUAAAGUGAAAUUUUGGAAUACAAGUUUUAAAAUCAUUAUUUUCAAUAUUUUCAAACUUGAGUGUUUCAUAUUCAGGUUUGGAAAUUCAAUCAGAGAAUUAUUUG